CUUGAAGAAUCGCGAGCAGCUACCCACAAUUACAUCGCGCCACGGCUGAACCUCAUUAGGCCCGACGGUUUCAUAUAAUACGCGCCCAAGCUUUUGUCCGCGAGUAGCAGCUUUUCUUCGUGGUGGGCAAAGACUUCUGUACCAAGCAACGUCAUUUAGUUCGUCGUCGAUCGCGAGACGCAGAAGCAUCGCCAAACGUUUUGUGAUGGUCCCCACGUCUGCUUGUGUUGACAUCAUCAGCGCACAGGAUUUGAUUGUUAUUUUUUCUGAGGCCGUACAGUUGACUCACGUCGUCGUUUUUUCUCACUGAUUUGCUGUAGAUGCUUCUGAUACUGCUCUUGCCGGCACUCCACUUCCUCUUUUUUUUUUAAAGAAAACACCGGACAGCUUCAGGCUCGAUACUUUGACUUUGAGACGGCAGAGAUAGAGUGUCAGUAACUCCAGGAGGCUGGCUGUCCGGUUCUGAAUCAAAACACCGGUCGGUGGCCGAAUGAGAUUAAAAACGACUUUGCGACCGAGCUGAGCACUACACCUGCAACUAAGCACACGCUCGACGGCCACUUGACACUUCGUUUGACGUUUUGCUUCCCACAACAAAGCAAUGUUGCCAGUUACAACAGGUACACUUCACAGCCGUAGGAGGCAGAUGGUGUUUUUAGCUGAUCGAUACACCAUGGAUAGGUUUCCUCGACAUUGGUCUGCGCUCUGAUGUAAACCUUUGGCAGUAAGGUGUGAAACUGGCGAGAAAGACCUUGGGGAAAAACAAAAGAGUAUGUUCUGACAGAAGACAACACCGUUCGUCUUGCAAGAAAUACUGUAGAUUUUGGCAUCACAUUACAGGGAUUUGGGCACCCUGAAGCAACAUCUCCAGCGAUUUCCAGAGUAUUUGUGUGUCAGGUGACGAAGCACUCCAUUGGUAAAGCCACGAUCGCUAGUGGCGUCGCAAUGGCUUACCAGAUAUAUGCGUUCCCGCAGACGAACAGUAACUACUCUGUUGCGCACUACCCAAUCGACCUACUGGCCUUGUACGACCAGGAGGACGGUUACUACUACAACGAAACCUCUGAGCCCGGGGAUCGGAGGGUCACUCCGCAGGUGCAUAUAUCAGCCAAGAUCUUAGUAGGGAUCACCUACUGUCUCAUGAUGACCGUCUGCGGCAUCGGCAACCUUCUCCUCUGCUACGUCAUCUACCGCUUCAGGCGCAUGCGAACUACGACGAACCUGCUGAUUGGCAACCUGGCCCUCUCAGACUUCCUGGUGGCUGUCAUCUGCGCGCCCUUCAACUUCUACUUCUACAUGUUCGAAAACUGGCCGUUCGGGGGCGCCCUAUGUGUUGCGGUGGGCUACCUCAAAAUCACGUCCCUGUACGUGUCAACUAACUCGUUGCUGGCCAUCGCUAUUGACAGAUACAUCGUGAUUACUUAUCCUCUGAAACCAAGAAUGACCAGAGGAACGACAGGUAUCUUGCUGGCCAUCAUCUGGUUAGUCUCCACUACAGUCACCAUUCCAGUAGCCAUCCAUAAUGAGGUGUACACUGUCCAAGUAGCCGAUGGGACAGUCGUUGAACAGUGCUCAGAGAACUGGAAGAAUGGCUACGCAAUUAAAGCCUAUACACUGCUGAUGGUCAUUGCGGAGUUCCUCGUUCCGCUGGUUGCAAUGUGUGUGGCCUACUACCUGAUUGCUAAGACGCUGUGGUUCCGGGAGAUUCCGGGAGGUCACCACACGGAGGAGCAGGAACAGGCGGCGGAGAGUUCCAAACGGAGGACGAUCCGUAUGCUCAUCGUCGUGGUGGCGCUGUUUGCACUUUGCUGGGCCCCGUACCAUGGAUUCGCUAUCACUCGCGACGUGAUUAUCCCCCUUUCUUUGUUGGAGAAUUUUGCGCUUUACCACACGCUAUUCUACGUUGUGGAAGCGUUGGCAAUGAGCAACAGCAUUUUCAAUACUUUGGUGUACAUUGUGUUCAACAACAAUUUCCGCAAGUGCGUGAUGCAGAUGAAGUUUCCCCGUGCGUUCCACCACGUAGUGCGACACAGCAGCAUGAAGACUAGGUCAUCUCGGCCGACCUCGAACUUCCGCAUGGGGACCUACCAGCGGUCUACAGGGCCCGAGAACAAAUCCUGCGGACUGUCGAGCCCAUGUCGUUCCCCUGAGGCACGGCGCCUGCCCCUGUGCAGCCAGUCGAAGCAGUCCUCGAACUGUUUGGUGCCGCCCCAGUCCCAACACUGUCUCGUGCAAAGCCCUCAGGCUAGCCUGCGACCGGACGUGCCGCAAAACAGUAGGCCUAACGUGUUCAUAUCCGACGCAUGCACAGGAAACUCGCAACCCGCCAUAACGCCCGAGGAGGAACGUCGCUCAUUCCAAGUCCCUCAUAUACAAACUCAUCUCGUUGUUGUAGAGGGCAAUGGCACAGUGGUGUCUGUCCUUACCUCGGACAACAGUGCCGGAAGCAGGGUCUAACUCAAAUUGAAAUUUGUUUAUAUCUGUGAAAUAAUCGUCUUAUCACAAUAUUCUUAGCUACGUCAUGUUUGAUUGCAUUAAGGCUGGUUCAUACUUCGUGCGAAAGCGAGUUCGAACGCAAAUUUGUGAUGUCAGAUGAAGUGCGAAUUCGCAAAAGCUGAACACUUUUCAACUUCAGCGAGAUUUCGCUGCAAACGUUUUGUGAUGUCAGAUUUGCCUCGCUUUUGCAUUCGUCUGCAGUAUGGACCAGCCUCUAUUCAAGUUUCAAGUUCCACUGUAUUUUCACCCCAAAUUUUGAAAUAUCCAGUUCUUAAAGCAGCUGACCACAUUUACAGAUUUUGGUCUCAGCGACUCAAGUACCGUAUUUGGUCAGCCCUCAUAUGUGCUCCUGUUUCUAGUAUAGAUCAUCUGAACACAUGAAGACCGGUUCAUACUUUCGGUGAACGCAAAAGCGAAACAGUUUUGACGCCACGAAAUAUUUCCGGCGAAGUAGGCCUACACUCGAGUUAAAAUGUGCUAAACGUUUGCGAAUUCGCAGGGCGACAAUCAGGUCUGAUGCCACAGUCGCGUUCCGGUUUCGUUUUCUUUAAGUAUGAACGGACCACAAAACAGUAAUGCAACUAAUAAAUCUGAUGACCGAACAGGGUAUAAUUUCAGCACUACGUUUUUGAUUUUGUGAAGUUUUUGGAACAUCAUUCUUGUCCUUGGAUCGACUGAUUUGGAUUAUCCUAGGCUUAAGACAUCAAUCCAACUUCAGAGCAAGGACUUUUGUAAGUCGUGCCAAGAUCAAAUAUGAAGAAGAGAGCGCUAUUUCGAACACCCUAUCGAUUCAAAUUCGUGUGAGAGAGAAUUACAUGUUGUCUUAACUUCAGGGGUGCCAUCCAUAACUCCAUUACUACACUUUCUCGUGCCUAUAAACAUGAAUAUCAUGUGCCGUAGAGAAAGGAUUAGUCUUUUUAGAGAAAAAGGAACGUGAGAAAACAGAGAAAAGGGUUCACAAAUGGAUUGUUUGCCGGUGUGUUCUUGUAUGUUUUGGUUUGGAAUAGUGGACGGAUGGGUCGAUCGAGGAAUAUUUUGCAUAUUCUUUUCGAUUAAAGGAUGUCCCAACUGAUGUUUGCA